GCACCUUCUGCUCCAUCAUCAUCCUCAUCCUCAUCAUCAGACGAUGCUCCCACCCGGAUAACUUCUAUUAAACCCUGCGCUUUGGACCUGUUACAAAGAUGGCAGACUGUAAGCAGCAACGGCCAUCUCCCUAGACAGAUAAUGGGUCCAGACUGAACGCUACAACUCCGCUGACCUGUCUUUAACACUGUAGCCAUGGCAACUUGUUCGAGAGGCUGUGCGCCGGCUGUGCGCCUUUGUCAAAGACUAAACCGGCUCAAGACGCUUGACGGUGACAUGAUGGAGACUUCCUUGAAGCGUUGCCUCUCCACCUUGGACCUGACUCUGAUGGGCGUAGGCGGCAUGGUUGGCUCUGGGCUUUAUGUCCUGACAGGAACUGUGGCUAAAGACACUGCCGGUCCGGCUGUCAUCAUAUCGUUCAUUUUUGCAGGUAUCGCUUCUCUACUUGCUGCCUUCUGUUAUGCAGAGUUUGGAGCACGCAUUCCUAAAACAGGAUCUGCGUACAUGUUUACCUAUGUGUCUGUGGGAGAAGUUUGGGCUUUUCUCAUUGGCUGGAAUGUGAUUCUGGAAAACAUGAUUGGUGGUGCUGCUGUAGCGCGGGCCUGGAGCGGCUAUCUGGACUCAAUUUUUAACCAUGCUAUCCAGAACUUUACAGAAACACACAUCAUGCAGUGGAAUGUGCCCCUCAUUGCCCAUUACCCUGACCUCCUGGCUGCAGGUAUCCUUGUAGUUGCCUCUGUUUUCAUUUCCUUCGGAGUUCAAGUGUCCUCCUAUCUGAACCACAUCUUCUCCACCAUCAGCAUGGGUGUCAUUGCUUUUAUCCUAGUCUUCGGCUUUGUUCUUGCUGAUCCUACCAACUGGAACCAGGAGCAUGGUGGCUUUGCACCUUACGGGAUGUCAGGGAUCCUGGCUGGCUCGGCCACAUGCUUCUAUGCUUUCGUUGGGUUUGAUGUGAUUGCGUCCUCAAGCGAGGAGGCGAAGAAUCCUCAGAAGGCCAUUCCAAUUGCCACUGCUAUCUCUCUUGGAAUGGCGGCGACAGCCUACAUCCUGGUCUCCUGCGUAUUAACACUGAUGGUACCCUGGCGUACCCUGGACCCUAACUCAGCCCUGGCAGACGCCUUCUUCCGCCGCGGCUACAGCUGGGCUGGGAUUAUUGUGGCCGUAGGUUCCAUCUGUGCUAUGAACACUGUGCUGCUCUGUAAUCUCUUCUCCCUUCCUCGGAUUGUAUACGCCAUGGCAGAGGAUGGGUUGUUCUUCUCCAUUUUUGCCAGGGUCAAUCCUGUCACCAAAGUUCCCGUCAAUGCCAUCCUGGUGUUUGGAGUCCUCAUGGCCUGCAUGGCUUUGAUCUUUGACUUGGAGGCUUUGGUACAGUUCCUGUCUAUCGGGACUCUGCUUGCGUACACCUUUGUGGCGGCGAGCGUUAUCGUGCUGCGCUUCCAACCUGAGAAGACCAACUCCAAGGAUACCUCUACAAAAUCUCCCGACGCCAAAGCUGAGGUGUGCGCUGCUCCCUCAGAGGCACAGACCAUAACUGAAGACGCCGAAGAGCCCAAGCAGUACGAGUCCUUCUCGGACAAACUCCAGCUGGUGGAGAGGCAGAAGACGAGAGAGCGGCGUGGGGUGGGGCAGCUGAGGGCCUACUGGGAGCCCUACCUGGACAGGCUGCUGGGGGACUGUGAACCCGGCGAAGUGGUGGCUUUCUGUGUGAUGACCCUGAUUGUCAGCUCAGUGUCCCUCUGUGCUGUGCUGGAGUUUGGAAACGAACAGCUUCAGUUCCCAGUCUGGUGUUUUACAAUGCUUCUGGUUAUUUUCACUUUAGCUUUUACUCUUAGCUUAGCACUAAUAUGGAUUCAUGAGCCGCAAAGAAACCGCCAAACAUUCCAGGUACCUUUGGUUCCACUGACUCCAGCUGCCAGUAUCCUCUUCAACGUGUUCCUGAUGAUGAAGCUAAGCCUUUUGACCUGGAUUCGGUUUACGGUGUGGAUUGCUAUAGGUCUCCUGGUGUAUUUUGGCUAUGGGAUCUGGCACAGUAAAGAGGGACUGAGGGAGCUGCAGCCCAAAGACAUGGCCGCCCGCUAUGUGGUGCUACCCAGCGGCAGCCUGGUGGAAACGGUGCAGUCCAUUCAACCUGACGGUCAAGUGGUCACCUCAGCACAUCAGAUCAGCUCCUCUGAUGCUUCAGCUGCUCCUGAGGCUUCUGGGAAGAGAUAAUGUGAGACGAUUCUGAAUCAUCAUCGAUCCUGCCUGGUUUUAUCUGUUGUCUCCUACGUGCACUGUAUUAUUACGCCUAGUGUACUAUCUGUAUCUCUCUUCCUGUAGCGCUACAUGGUCUGUACUCAUUACUCUGGUAUCUGAAGAUAGGAUGGAAGGCCAUUGUUCUGUCUUUUUGUUAAGCACAUUUGUAUAUGUAAGAAUCAAAUGUACGGUACAGAUAUUCGUCACUGCCCUUGAGAACAUAAUAAGCUCUUUUCUUGCAACCUGGCCAGUUUUGUCUAAAUUCCUGUUCAUACCCUGUUUUACUAUUAUUACUUACACCUUUUUUUCAUAUUUGAUCUUUUAGAAAGAUUUUGACAUAAUUUAUACAACAAUUUACAAUAUAGAAGCAACAAAAAUCUUUGGUUCUCCUAAGUUUAGUGGAAAUGCACUAACUGUUCUCAUAACGUCUUAUUCAUCCUUUAGAGCAUAAAUUCUUUAUCAGAAUUUACACACCCAUAUCUAUGGAGUUUGUGUGUAAUGAAUAGCUCAAUCUAUGAAACCUAAAUAUAAAAUAUUUCAGCCAAUUGGUUCUUUCUACUGCCUAUUAUAGAUGGAUUUCAUCCUUUUUAAAGCUUAAGUUUGUUGUUGUUUUACUUUUAUCUGCAUUUUUUUACCCUGUUUUCAUACAUAUACUGUUUAAAUAUUUAUUAUUAAUAUAAUGUCAAUCAUCUUAGGACCUAAGUAUACAGAAAUGUCUUGUUAUUUAUCUUAAAAUAUUAAAUAUAUCUAUUUUUAUUCUAUAGAUACUGCUAUUAUUUUUCAUGUGAUUGGAAUUGCUUCAGUAUUUCCUGUUUUUAAUCAUUUCCUUUCAUCGUAUGCAUCAUACGUGUUACUGACACAUGUGGCUUUAUUAGUCUCCAAAACUCUAUAGUUUAAGAGUUCAGAUUAUCUUCUUAAUCUCAUCCCAUGAUCCUUCAAUCAUUUGUGUCCCUGAUCCCAGGCAUGUGAUCAGCAUUUUUUCCCUACCUCUCCAGACUACAGCCUUUAUUUUAAGAGCACAUCAAACUGAGAUCAUGUCCCUACAUUUUAUUUACAUGAGUGCAUGGAAAAGCACAGAGUUUUUCAUAGGGAUCCACUAUGAAUAAAUAUUAGCCAGGCAGUAUGUUAAACCUGGAUUCUCCCUCGUCUCUCCGAGGCCUCCGUAAUCCCUUAGAUUUGCAGCAGUCCCUAUCACUAGUCUGACCUAGAUCAGAAAAAGGCACAGAUGUAAGAACAUUACCAUAACAUGGAGACAAUGUCCCCUUUACUUUGCACUAAUGACCAUCGAGUCGAUAUCACAUGAAAUAUGUAAAAGCACUUAAAAAGAUUUCAGUUCUGUUGUUACUGAUGUUCAUUUUCUGUUGCAUGUUACAAUAGAAACCAAUGGCCUUAAAAUGUAACACUUCUUAUAUCCAAAGCUGAUUUACUUUUUUGUUUGUUAAUUUGCCUGAUAGAUAAAGUAUUUUAUCAAAUCAUUAUCCUUCAUUUAAAAAAAAAAAUGAGUUAAUUCAAAUGUAGAUUGUACUGUAGAAAGCAUUUUGGUGUAAGGUCUGCAAGAAUUUUAUACAACUUUGCACAGAUUUGUCCAGUUAAUUUGUUUCAUAGCAAUGCUUUUGGUGUCUGGGUUGGUGACUUUAUAUUUAUACUGUGAUGCUGAUUUUUUUAGGCUUAACAUUCUCACAACUUGAUCUCUCUUUUUGUGCUAGGGUGCACAAAUAUGAGCGAUCAGGCCUUUCUUACUUCUAAACGUUAUUGUACUCUGCAUUAGCACACCAAAGUCUAAGAUCCCUGUGUUAUAACAUUACUUUGUGUAAAAUUCAAAAAGACAAAAAAUAAUAAAUGUUUUGA